AUGGCUCCGCGAGACUCCACGGCUGAACUCAGACGACUGCGUGCUCGACAGCUCUUACGGUUCCACUGCCUAUCCGGGUCUCCGUAUAUCACGAAGAUUCAGAACGACGAGCUCGAAUACGCCCGUCUCUUGCAGCCUACCUUCGACGAAAACGAUCCGAUUCCUCAAGGCGAGACUUGUUGGCCGCAGAAUUGGUCAACAAAGCGGAAGAGCCUUCCCGCAUUUCUCGCCCGCUGGCGGGCGCUCCUGCCGCUCGGAUCCCCUCCAGCGUCUGAUCCCCAAGCCACUUCCCCAGUUAGCCGGACGCCGCUUCCUGGUGAUUCAUCACAUGCAUCGACCGGAACGCAAUCUCCUCGAACACUCGAGCACCGCCGAACAGUGAGUUUGCCAAGUUUGCCAUCAUCCUCAAGAGUUUCCCUCGGAAAUACGCCGCCCACAUCAACAUAUAAUCGAGACCUCGGCUCUCCCUCGCGUCCGAAGAGGAACGACAGAACGGAAUCGGAAGGCCCUGAAUCUGACGACGACGAUAUGGCACCACUCACGGCUGAAGACGCCGCCAACCUCAUCACACAGGCAAUGGCACAGCUCCGUAACCAGCAGAACCAAGACUUCGCACAUCUGAUUGCCACAGCGUUCGCAAAUGCACCAGUCCCUCAAGUCCAUGUUCAAGCCGGGCCCGCGCAGAAUGGCGUCGACGGACGUUCUGGCAUCCGGCCAGCGGAUGUUGGCUAUUUCUGCCCUCGCAAGCAUGCCGGUUCAGGCGUUUGGUCUGACGGGAAGAUCACGAAGUAUUUCGACGUCUUCCAUUUCAUCGAGCGUUUGAAGCACAUCGAACGAGUCCAUUCCGCGGACGACGUCCGUCGAGUUUGGUCUCAGUGUCUCUUGGAGGAUGCACUCGAAUGGCACUCCCAUGUCUUGACCGACAACGAUCGCCAGCUGCUCGAGACGGCGACAGUUCAAGCGAUUUGUGACAAGUUGAAAUCGCGUUUCGCCAAGUCCUUCUCGGAUGCCAUGGCCGGUCUCAAGACGGAUCACUUGUCUCUCUACCAGGUCGCAGAGGGACGGGACAUUACUUCGUUCCUUCAAACCGUCAUUGCGAACGCGAAGGCUUGCAACAUGGAGCUUCCCGCACAGCUGAUUGCUGCGUUCGAAUCGCUCGCUCCCGAGAUCAAGUCUGAACUCCGAAAACCCAACGAAGCGACGACAUUGGAAAGCUUUUUGGACGACGUCCGAAACCGCGAGAGUGUGAUUCUCGACCUGGCCCGACAACGAUAUCCGUCUGCUCGGAAUGUUGUCCGUCCUCGUCAGCCCACACCCGCCUACGGAGGCAGGUCGAACGUCCCCUACGCCCCACGGUAUCCGCCUUCGCAGCCCCAGCGAUGGCAACCACAGCAACGCUUUCAGGCGCAGCUACCCCAAGCUCUUCCGCAGUACAAUCGACCGUACACGGCUAACCAAACCCAGAAUCAGUUUCAACUGCCGGUCCGAUCGGCUGGUCGAGGCCAGAUCUGGAAUGCUGGAUACAGUCGACCUUGGCUGCCACCAGACCAGUACGCCGCGUGGCGUCGACAACAGGACGAGCAGCGACAACCCGCUCAACAACAGCCACAGCCGGGAGAUCGCCGACAACAGCUCGUCCCAGAGAACCGUCGCCUGCCCGCCCCGCAAGCCCCAUCCGCCGUCGGACCAUAUCAACGAAAUCAGCCCCAUCAGGCCUAUCAUGGCGAGUCUGCGGACUUUGUGGAGCAACCCGAUACGCCCGCAUAUCAACCACCUUCGGUUGAGGAAGUCCCGGACGAAGAGUUCUCCAUGGAUGCAGCCGCUGAGGCUUUCGACUAUCCCUUCGAGGAAGCGUUUCCCGUCGACGACCAUGACGACUACCCAGACGUUGCCUUUUUCGGCACAUCAGCGUCGUCACCAUCCGUCUGCCGCUAUUGCACCAAGCAUUUUCAUAGCAACAAUUCGCUGAUGGAUCAUGUCUACUCCGUCCAUUUCAAAAAGCCUCGGCCCCGACGGAGACAGACGUCGACGGCUUUCGCAGCUGAGGCGGAGACUGCCAGCCCACCAGACGAUCAAGGCUUGGACGGCGCGUCGAAAGAUGCCCCGGAGCAGCCGGCAAAAAACUGA